AUAAUAUGUGCGCUGAAGCUGAAGUAUCCGUCGCGUGUCACGUUGCUGCGCGGCAACCAUGAGACGAGGCAAAUUACCCAGGUUUAUAUAUGGAUGCACUGAUUGAGAACGAAUGACUGGGGAUAUCGACUCGUACCCCUUCCAAGAGUUUCCACCUGAGGACGAAGGGAAAGAGUCGACAUUCCCAGGUAGACACACUCAAUCAGUAGCUCCAUUCAGUUCAUGGCUUUUACGCCGAGUGUCAGAAGAAGUAUGGGCAAGCAACUGGUCGAGAGGUGUGGGCGAGUUUCACAGACUUGUUCGACUUCUUGCCGAUCAGCUGCAAUGUCGGUAUUGUCUUUGCCAGUCCUUCUAUUUUUACUUCUUGCGAAACAUUUAGUUUCAGGCUUCUUGAUCCAGCACGAGAAGCGACAGAUUCUUUUACCAGUUGGUACACAUGAAGAAUUUAUUAAGUAGAUGAAAACUGGUGUCCUUGUCGUAUUUCUAUUUCUCUUUACUGAGCAUGUUUAGCGAGCACGCGUUUCCCCAUCUUUUACUACAAGAGCGGUGCACCUUUUCCUCACAACUUCUUACGUCACAGAGAACGUCUUUUUCGCGACGCAUGGAGGCUUGUCUCCAUCUAUCCAGCAUUUGGAUCAAAUCCGGGUUCUAGACCGUUUUAGCGAAAUUCCGCACGAAGGACCGCUUUCAGACCUGAUGUGGUCGGACCCGGAUCAAGAAAAGACUGGAUUUGUCGUUUCGCCGAGAGGUAUCUUCUAUAUGGUUUACAGAUAGUACCAUGGUCUUUUUUUUCAACACGGAAUUUUCCCGGAUUUAGUUGUAGUGCACGAGUUCGAGUGUACAACUAGAAGAACAUUUUGGCACCAGAACAGUUCUUCAACACAUGAACUUUUAUCUGAUGAAUCAUGUCAGGUGCCGGCUACAUUUUCGGGCAAGAUGUGGCGGAGCGCUUUUUGCACUUAAACGGUAUGGACCAUAUCGUUCGUGCGCAUCAGCUAUGCAUGCAAGGCUACCAGGUUCUUUUUGAC